AGAAGAUGGCGACUGACAGCAGAGGGUCACGUCUGCUUUCGGAUUUAAAUUCUGCUUUUCGCCGAGAUCCUGACAUUGAUGAGUAUGAUUUCCUGCCAGUUUUGGAGCCUAAACACAACCGAAGUCCUCUUCUCCUCCAGGAACAUAAGCUUGGACUGGAGAUGUGGAGCGUCAGAAUUCUCUAUGAUCACGCCUAUAAUACACUUAUGGCUUGGCGCCAAAAAGAAGCACAUGCCAAAUUUCUUGAUCCAUUUGACCUCAUUAGUCUGAGCAGGGCAGUAGUUCUUGUCAAUGCGGAUUGUUUAACAGCUUGGAAUAUAAGGAAAGAACUGGUGGAAUCCUCAGAUCUAAACCUUCUUGAUGAUCUGAAGUUUGGAGCGCUGGUUUUGUCUAGGCAUCCUAAAAGUCCAGAAACAUUCUGUCACAGGAAGUGGCUCCUCAGACGAUAUGUUGAGUGCUGCCUUAGUUCUAGCAAUGGAAGCACAACCAGCACAGGAAGUUUAUACAACGACUUUGUCAACAUGGAUGCCAUAGACUUUGACCUGGAGGCAGAGGCAAAUAACUUUCUUUUAAUGGAAAAUAACUUACACGGGAUGAACCAACAAACAGACUUUCAUGAAGUGAUGCGUCGAGAGAUGAACGUUUGUCGUAAGGCAGGGGAGAACUACCCUUGUAAUUAUAACGCCUGGAGUCACCGAAGCUGGGUCAUACAGAACUGUUACAACUGUACCAUACAGGUGUUAAUUGGAGAACUACAUGUAACCGAGGCAUGGGUGAGACAACAUAUUUCGGACCACAGUGGGUUUCACUACAGACAGUAUCUCCUCACCAACAUACACAAACAGGCAGACAUUCUCAAGGAGCAGUUCUCACUCAACUACAAGAAUCUCAUUCACAAGGAAAUGCAAAUUGUUGUUGACCUACUGAAGUCCUUCUCUGGCCAUGAAGCUAUUUGGUACCACAGGAGGUAUGUGUUCCAAGCUCUGUGUAAAGUGUGUGAUUCAGAGGCUGUUGCUGUAGAAAUUAUAUCCUUGCCGGAUGGUUAUGAUCAAGAUCUUCCCAUUAAAACCAGUCAGAAGAAAACCAAGCUUGAAAAUGAGCGACAGGUUCUGUUGUUAAAGGAAGUUGACUCGGUGUCACGAAACCAUAUGUCUAAGAAAGACACUUUCCAGAAAGGCCUGGCACAAAAGUACCUGGACUGGGUGCAGAAGUCGUGUCGUAGCUGAUAGUAAUGGGUAUCUAGUCAUGUAGAUAGAGUAGGCCUCAAAAUACUCUGGCUUCUCCUCGGCACUCACUCAUCUUUAGGAUGUUUGACCUCUUAACUUGGGCUUCAUCCCAUCAAUGAAAAAAGUCACAAUUUGAAUGCUUAAUUUUAGGAUUUGAUUUGCCUCUUUGCAAUGAGUGUCAAAGAGAUUUUUAUAGCAUUUAUCAAUUUUAGGAUUUGAUUUGCCUGUUGGGAACAAGUUUCAAAGACAUUUUUCAGCAUUUUUAUAGAUCUAACAUGGUUCCAGUUUUCAUAUAAAUAUUUUUCGUAAAUAAAUAAGUCCUUUUUGGCUUUAAGUGUAAUUUGAUUAGAUCUAAAAACUUCCAAAAUAAAGCACUGUUUUGAUUGUAGGAAAUGAUGCUCAACUCAAAUAGAAGUGCAGACAUCUUUUUGGAAUCCAGGCCAUGCCCUAUACCAUCAGUAUUAACCAAAAAUCUCGAACAGGGCCUGCGAGUAACAAAUUCUAUUAAAAUGUAAAUAUUUCAUUUUUGUUUUGUUUUUUUCUAAUGUAAAUUUGAGCUGUGGUUGAGGUUUAUUGAAAAAUGUGGAGAGAUUGAAAUAUAAGAGAACUGUUCCCGAGGGAAAGGGUCAUAGUAGAUUUAGUACAUCACAUGACUGUUGAUAAUAAAAAGACAAACAUGAGGAACUUCAUUGAUAACAUAUUCAAUAAUUAACAACAGCUGGAAAUUUGAUUGUAACAUUUGAAGUUUUGAUUCAUGAGUUGUUGUUAAUUGUAACGGUACAAUUACUAAAAUUGAAAGAAGGUGCACAAACAAUAGAAUGUCUAAAUCUCUGCCACAUAAUGGUUCUUGUAAGUGCUGCCGCAAACCUUGCCUGAUGGCAAUAAGAGAACUUUUUGAGUAGAUCUCUCCUUUUUUGUUGUGUAUGAUGGCAUAGAAAUCGGCCAAAACACCGUUCAAUUCUCUGGAUUGAAUCACUGCUAGGUCACAUACGGUUUCCCUUUCCAGUAUGAAGUCUUUAAGGACUGCAACGGAAAAGUGUGUCGCCUGCUUCGUCUUUAUGCAUUGCUGAAUCUCUGCGAAGCAAUCGGCAUUCCCGGUCCCGAAUCUCGAAGCCAUUUUGGCUGACGACAACAAUGAAGUGAAAGUAGAAAAUGUACAGUGCUCCCUACUAGAAAGGGCGCAACUCUUAACGUCACGCUACUUUUCCCGCAGUCUCAGCGGUCCAAAAAAAAAGGUAUAGUACCUGUCUCCAGGUAUAGUUCCCGUCAUCAAGGACGGAUGCUAACUAUCAAAAAGAACAUAGGUAGUUAUCCAAUAGUUAUCCUAGAACUUAUCAUGUGAUGUACUAAACAUUUGCUUCUGCCAAUUGCUUGAAGCUUUAUCAAUAUCUAAGAACAUAACUAAACUGUUGCUAUUUGCAUGCUCUCAAUCAGAUGUUACACUAACUAGGUAUAAGGAUUUAUCUUAUUCUCACAAAACUGAAAAAGGUUUAGCACUACACAUGUCAUGUACAAUGAUAUGAGAUCACCACUGCAUUAUGAUACCAUUUUAUAAUAUAUUAGCAAAGAAGGAUAUUUUCAUUUUUCGUUAGUAUGAAUACUAAGUAAAUACUUUUCAAGAUGUGCAUGUGUAUAAGUGAAUAUUUAAAGAUUUAAUUGGGAUAAAGACAACGUGUUUUAAAAUACAACAACUAUGUUUAUGUACAUACGUUUAUGUACUUACUAAUUACCAGUUUUGGGAACAUUCCUAUUGUAAAUUUGAUGAAAGUCCAUUCCUGAUGUUGAAUAUUUUCAAACCACUACAGUAUCAUCAGGUUAUAGCUUUUAAUGUUAUACCAAAUUUGAUAAGUUUCUAAUAUUUCUUAACAUUUUUGUACAAUUUUAAAGAGGAAAGUGAAUGAAGAAAUAUAGAUUAACUGGUGACCGUCCCUUAAACAGGAAUAGGGGAUUGUGCUGCCUUGAAAAUAAAACCAUCUCAUUUUAUCAGUCUUAAUAAUCAAAGAUCUUGUAACAGUACCCUGCUGUAAGUAUCACUUGGUUAUUGAAGGCCAGUUAAUCUGAUCAAAACAUUCCAAAUAAAAGAAAUUUUCGGCUAGACUGAGAGCUCAAAGUCAGUAACACUGUCCCUCCAAUUAUUCUGUUUAUGAUGUGCUUUUUUCAUUGGUUUGUGUUUUCAGACUAUCAAGUGAUGGAACGAAAGAAUGAGAACUUUUUUUGAUUGUCAUACAGAAAGUCAUACCUUUUUCCCCCCAAUUAAGUAGUCAUCUGUCACACUUUAAUAGUCUUCUGCAAUUAUGAACAUGGAUGGGAAAUACUGGCAUUUAUAAAGUCUUGAGUUAUCUUCUGUUUAGUGUACUUAAUGUAUACAAGUACAUUGUAUUUGCUUUUUCUACGCCCGUCAAAUUUGACUGAGUAUUAUGGUAUGGCGCUGUCCGUCCG